AAAAAGCUUUUGAACAAACCCUAGAAUAAAAAGAUAGAGAAAGGCAUAGAUUUUGUUUUUGCUCUGUUUUUCUUUUUGUACUUUGUUUUGAGGUCAACAAAAAGGAGAAACAUAGGUGCGUGUGUCUCCAUAAUCGGUGGUGCUAAACGACACGGAAGCUCCGAUUUAGCUCCGUCGUCAAAGCACCGCCGUACACGGAGCCAUCUACGCGUCGGAUCCACCGAUGAUGAAUCCAUCAUCAACAUCACAUUUAGCGGGAAGCUUAGCAGUUUAAGCGGGAACCUCGGAAACCAUGGAGGAAGCACGAGAAUGAAAGGUCUCUUCAAGAACAAAUCACGUCUUCCUGGUGAAAUCGUACGUCAGACUCGAGAUCUCAUCGCUUUAGCGGAAUCCGAAGAAGAAGAAACCGAUGCGAGAAACUCGAAAAGGUUAGGGAUUUGUGCGGAGUUGUGUCGAAACAUUAGAGAUUUGAAAUCGAUUCUUUAUGGUAAUGGUGAAGCUGAGCCUGUUCCUGAAGCUUGUCUUUUGUUAACUCAAGAGUUUUUCCGAGCAGACACGCUUCGUCCUUUGAUCAAAUCUAUACCAAAACUUGACCUAGAAGCAAGAAAAGACGCGACACAGAUUGUCGCGAAUCUUCAGAAGCAACAAGUCGAAUUUCGACUCGUUGCUUCUGAAUAUCUUGAAUCGAACUUAGAUGUUAUCGAUUCGUUAGUCGAAGGUAUCGAUCACGACCAUGAGCUGGCGUUGCAUUACACGGGAAUGCUUAAAGAAUGUGUGCGGCAUCAGGUUGUUGCAAAGUACAUACUCGAAUCGAAGAAUUUGGAGAAGUUUUUCGAUUAUGUUCAGCUUCCGUAUUUCGAUGUAGCUACCGAUGCUAGCAAGAUCUUCAGAGAGCUUUUGACGAGGCAUAAAUCGACUGUAGCGGAGUAUCUUGCGAAGAACUACGAAUGGUUUUUCGCAGAGUAUAACACCAAGUUGUUGGAGAAAGGAAGCUAUUUUACGAAGAGACAAGCGUCGAAAUUGCUUGGAGAUGUGUUGAUGGAUCGUUCGAAUUCAGGUGUGAUGGUAAAGUAUGUGAGCAGUUUGGAUAAUUUGAGAAUCAUGAUGAAUCUUUUAAGAGAACCAACCAAGAACAUUCAGUUAGAAGCAUUUCAUAUCUUUAAACUCUUUGUGGCAAACGAGAACAAACCUGAGGAUAUCGUGGCGAUUCUCGUGGCGAAUCGGACCAAGAUUCUUCGUUUGUUUGCUGAUUUGAAACCUGAGAAAGAAGAUGUAGGUUUUGAAACUGAUAAAGCAUUGGUUAUGAAUGAGAUUGCUACACUUUCUCUUCUCGAUAUCAAAACCGCAGAUCGAUAAGAAAAAGAAAAAACCUGUUUGUACACGAUGCCUACAUGUAUUUUUGUUUUGUAACCAUUUGGAUUUGGAUUGUGACUUAAACAAUUAGCAUAGAUGAUUCUCUCUAAAGCCAUUCUUGCAAACAAAAAAAUACAAUGAUGUGUGUUUUAUUCAACACCAGUCUUCUUUUUCAACAUUGUGAUGAAUUUCUCCUUUUCUUCAUCUGUCAUUCCUGUGGUUGAGCAAUCUCCUACUCCCCAUUCUGCUCCUCUCAGACAAUAUUUGUCUUGAAUCUCUCUUUCAUUCCUAACCAAAACAGAACACCAAAACCAAUGUUACAUGUUACAAUGUUACAUCUUAUAAGACCAAAAGGGUAUAUGUAAAGUUUCAAGAUUUGCACAUUGUUGGCUCUGUUACAUCAUAAAAGACCAAAAGGGUGUGUGUAAAGUAACUUACUUUUCUUUGUUGAGUUUGGAAUUCUCAAGUAAUUUCUUGAGAAGUGGAGAAUCUUUGAAUCUGGCAUCGUUCUCUGCGUAGAACUUCUGGUUUUUUGCUGCAAUUAGCAAGCUUUUUCUUAGAGCAGAGAAACACAGUUUUUUUGUUCUUGAAUUCAAGAAAUUGAAAGAUUGGUACCAUUGAAACGGUCAAGGAACUCGAUUUUUGGUAAUUCAGGACCUGGAACUGAUUCUAUACCGGGAGAUCCCGACAUUAAGCCUGCUUCAGCUGAGGACCAUCCAUACAUAUACAUAUGAUGCUGAUGAUGAUGACACGCAUAUACAUUGAAUCACAGGAAAAGUAUUGAGUAGUAGUGUAGUUACCGGUACAAGGAGAGAGGAGAAGGGUGAGUGAGGCAGCGAGAGGGAAGGUGGACUUGCAGAGAAGAUGGUGAAACGGGGAUGGUGCUGAUGAUGAUAGAGCCAUGGAGAUACGAGGAUGAUGAAUUACUCUUGGUUCAUAGAGACUAAAGCUUGGUCGAGAGAAAGAAGAGAUUUUUGUUUGCAUCAUUUUGCCUUUAGAUUUUUGUGAGGAGGGUAAGUGACUCUUAGGAGAUAAGAAGGAUAUAUAUAAUUUUUAACC